CAAUAAAAGCAGCCCAUUCACAGCCAUGCAAACCUCCAAAGCACACUCAAGCCCCUCAAACCCCCUCCAGCCAAAGCGUGACCACCACCCACGCCCCCCACUAAAACGCCGCGCACCACACAAGGGCUAACACCACACCGCCAACGCCAACAUGCACCAGGCGCACACCUCCUUCUAACACCGCGCGUCAACCACCGCACUCGUUCAAAACUCCAGACACAAAAGGCACGCACAUAAUAGCCGAACGAACGGACGAGACAGCCAUCCACCCAUCCAGCCGUCUCCACAAACACACCGCGCACCGCGCCCCGCGCCAUGCCGCCGCCGCACCUGCCCACGCUGCUGCUGCUCGGCCUGCUCGGCCUUCUCGCCGCCCUCUGGUCCUCCAACACGCUGUGCCGCGCGCCGCGCACACCCGCCUCCGCCGCCGGAGACGAACACUACGCCCGCGCGCCGUACUCGGCCAGCUGGACGGGGUGGUGGCACCGCGACCGACACGUCCACGCCGGCGCGGGGGACAAGGAGCGCGGAGGCGAGGUCGGCACGGACUGGAAUGUGCUGUACCAUUUGGGCGGGAAUGGGCCGUGGGUCGAGAAGAGGAACGGCGUUGUUGAGGGCGGUGUUGGUGCCCCGGAUGGGUGUGAAGUCCAGCAGGUACAUAUGAUGUCGAGACAUGGGGAGAGGUAUCCGACUGUUAAGGCUGGUGCGAGGAUGCUCGAUAUGCUCGAGCGGAUAAAAGCAAACGGCACCACGUUGAAAGGCGACCUCGCUUUCGUAAACGACUGGCAGUUCCUCACCACAGACCCUCAGCGCCACUUCGAGCAGCUCACGACCACGGGCCCCUACGCCGGCACGCUGGGCUCCUUCACAACGGGCACAAAACUGCGGACACGAUACCAGCACCUGCUGCCGCAGCGCCUUAGCUCCAGCACCAGCACAACUAAUAAGACUUCCUUCUGGGCAGGCGACUGCUCCCGCGUCAUCGAAACAGCGCGCUACUUCGCGGCCGGCUUCUUCGGCCUCAAUUGGCAGGACACAGCAACGCUGCACGUGAUCCCCGAGACGCUAGAGCGGGGCGGCGACACGCUCACACCCGGAGACUCAUGCCUCGCGUACCUCGAAGACAAGGAGUUCGGGCACGACUACGGGGCGCGCAUGCUCGCCGCCUACCGCGCGACGUAUCUGAGCGCCGUGCGCGCGCGGUUCGCGGCGCAGAACCCGGAGGUGGGCGUCGAGCGCUGGUCCGACAACGACUUGUAUGCCAUGCAGGAGCUGUGCGGGUUCGAGACGACGGUGCGCGGCGCCAGCGCUUGGUGCGAUGUGUUUUCGAAGGAUGAGUGGCGCAGCUUCGAGUACGCGAGGGAUCUGAUUCAUUAUUAUCGCGCUGGGCCCGGGAAUAGGUUCGGUGCGCUGAUGGGGUGGCUGUGGCUGGAUGCUAUGACGGGGCUGCUGGUCCAGGGGCCGGCGGCUGGUCCGUUCUUCUUCAGCUUUGUCCACGACGGUGACAUCGUCCCCAUGCUCGCAGCGCUCGACCUCUUCCCCUCCAAGCACGACCUCCCCAUCACGCACCGUGCGGACGCCCGCGCCUGGAAGACGUCGCAGGUGACGCCGAUGGGCGGGCGCGUCAUCUUCGAGCGGGUGGCCUGCAACGCGUCUUCCGCCGAGGAGGACAUCUUCAUCCGGAUCAACAUCAACGACGGCGUCGUCGCUAUUCCGGGCUGUGAUAGCGGCCCGGGACGCAGCUGCCCGCUUGCGGACUGGGUCAAGCGUGUGCGGGAACGGGGAGCGGAGCUGGGUGAUUUUAGGGAGAAGUGUGGGCUGAGCGAGGAGUUUCCGGCGAGGAUCUCGUUUCUGCAUCAGUGAGGUAGGGUUGCUGCUGGGAUGGUUGGGGGUGGGGUUUUAGUUGCUUGGUUGUGUCUUGAUCUUGAUGAUGCGAUUAGAGAUAUAGAGGUAGAGUGCGAUCUUAUGGCAUGGUUUGUAUUUUGUGCGUUCUGUGGGCUGUUUUGAGCCAGCUGCUGUGUUUAGGCAUUAAGUGGACG